AUGGAAAGUCGGGUACAGGCGACAGCAGCAGCAGCAGCAGCAGCAGCAGCAGUAGCAGCAGCAGCAGCAGCAGCAGCAGCAGCAGCAGGCGUGGCAGUAGCAGCAGCUGCGGCAGCAGCCGCAGCAGGAGUAGCAGCAGCAACAACAGGAGGAGCACCAGGAACAACAACAACAGCAGCAACAGCAGCAGCAACAGCAGCAACAGCAGCAGCAGCAGCAGCAGCAGCAGGCAUGGCAGGUCAGCGUCGCGGUGGGUGCGAUGGAAAGUCGGGUACAGGCGACAGCAGCAGCAGCAGCAGCAGCAGCAGUAGCAGCAGCAGCAGCAGCAGCAGCAGCAGCAGCAGGCGUGGCCUGCGUCCCCCCGCGCAGCUGUGUAGCGAUCUGCUGCUGGCGGAACAGAGCAGCGACGGAGCAGCAGCAGCAGAAGCUCGUGCUGCAGCACUAGCAGCAAUUGUUGCAUCUGCUGCGAGGGGUUCAGCAGCAGCAGCAGCAGCACCAGCAGCAGCAGCAGCAGCAGCAGCAGCACGACGCGGCUAUGCCUCAGAUGAUGGGGGGGGAGGGCCACAGCAGUGGUGCCGCACCCCUCGGUGGCCUGGCAGCAGCAGCAGCAGCAGCAACACAGCAGCAGCAAACAGCAGCAGAGCAGCAGCAGCAGGGAUAGCUCGUCUAUUUACAAAUCACAAUCUGCUGCGCAGCAGCAGCAGCAGCAGCAACAGCAGCAGCAGCAACAGCAACGGCCGCGGCGACAGCAGCAGCAGCUGCUCAGCAGCAGCAGCAGCAGCAGCAGCAGCAGCAACAGCAGCAGCAGCAACAGCAACGGCCGCGGCGACAGCAGCAGCAUCUGCUCAGCAGCAGCAGCAGCAGCAGCAGCAACAGCUGCAGCAGCAGCAGCAGCAGCAACGGCCGCGGCGACAGCAGCAGCAGCAGCGACAGCAGCAGCAGCAAAAACUCCUCCACAAGGAGCAGCAGCAGCAGCGCCGAAGAAGCAAACUGCCGCGGCGAGCUCUAGCCCUGCAUGAUGCAGCAGCAAAAGCACAGCAGCAGCAGCAGCAGCAGGAGCAGCAGCAACAGCAGCAGCAGCAGCAGCAGCAGCACGCAUCCCGCGUGCUGUCUCGGCAGCGCCAAAGUCGCCUGCGGCUGCAGCAGCAGCUGCAGCAAGCCCGUGAGGAACAGCAGCAGCAGCAGCAGCAGCAGCAGCAGCAGCAGCAAGUACCUGCUUCUGUAUUGUGGGCUUCUCAGGAGCUUCGUGCUGCAGCAGGUGAUAGUGAGGACGAGGCGCUGUGGCUGCCAGCAGCAGCAGCAGCAGCAGCAGCAACUUCUGCUGCUGCUGCUGCUGCACCCGACAACCGCCGCAGCAGGAAACUCCGCAGGGCCCACAGCUUAAGAAGAGUUCAGAGCGCAGCUAGCAGCAGCAGCAGCAGCAGCAGCAGCAGCAGCAGGCUGCUGCUGUGGGGAGAAGGCAGCAGCAGCACACAGACAACAGGCAGCAGCCCAUUAGAGCGGGCGCUGCUGCGCGCUGCGAGCUGCGCUGCUGCUGUGCCCCUCUUGCUGCAGCAGCUGCAGCAGCAGCAGCAGCAGCAGCAGCAGCAGGUGCCCCUCUUGCUGCAGCAGCUGCAGCAGCAGCAGCAGCAGCAGCAGCAGCAGCAGUAG